AUGAGCGGAAUUCAUCGUUUUCUCACUCGCCGUGACCGGCGCAAGCAUGGCAAAGAUGAAGAGAAAACACACGCCCUUGCACUCCCUUUAUUUCACGGAUUCUUUGACUCUCACCCCGCAAGCGAGGAUAACCAAGAGCACCAGAAGAAGAUCAAGACAGUUGAAGCCCGAAUUCGAGCGAUGGGAAUCGCAGCCUUGGAGGAGCGUCAUUUUAGUUAUGCAUUGAAGUCCACCAAGGACGACGUCGAUAAAGCAAUAAGUUUGCUGUUGUUACUGGAAGAUUCGAUCGAGGGAAUUAUCAGAAAUUAUACACCAAGUACCAAACUCCUCGGCGCGGAAAACCGCCAGGGCGUGACCUGCUUUCUGGACGCUCUGUUGUUUGCCAUGUUCGCCCGUCUUGACUGCUUUGAGGCGAUCUUGUACAAGUCUUUCAACGAUGAGCCACGCCGGAAACUUGUCAUCUUGCUGAGAUUCUGGGUCAAUAUGCUACGGUCCGGGAGAUUGAUUACAACCGAUAUUACAAAACACAUUCAAGAUGCCCUGGCUGAAUGUGGCUGGAAAGAUGCAGCUAUGCUUCGGCAGCAAGAUGCCUCUGAAGCAUUCACUUUCAUUACAGAAAAGCUAGAAUUGCCAUUGCUUACUCUAAAAAUGGACAUCUACCAUUUCGGGAAGGAGGAUGCUAGCGACGAUCACAAAUUCAUCAACGAGCGUCUGCUAGAAGUUGCUAUUCCACCAGAGCCUACCGAUGGGCAAAAGCUUACGCUCGAAGACUGCCUGGAAGCUUACUUCAACAACAGGAUCGAAGUGAAGCGGGAUCUGGAACGACGAAAUACAGUGAGCUCCACUCGAUCGAUGGAUUCGCUAUCCAUCUCGAAAGGAUUCACAUCUCAUGUGGAGGAGGUUGAAACAACGCCCACUAUGACGCCUGAUCAGUCUAUUCAUUCUACUUCGCCUCGCGCUGAGAAGCCAAGUCCAUGGUCUUCUUUCUCGGAAUUCAGUGAAAAUCUAUCAGCACGAAGAAUUGGUCGACGGGAUAGUAUAGUUCGUGAGCGGUUUGUUCCUGACUCCCCGGAUGAUGCUGCAGGCGCCGCGGAUUCACCUGCCUCGGAAAAUCCGCCUCAACGAAGGGGUAUUCUCAGAAAAGAAGUGAUGAUGCCCGCAUGGCAAUUCUUCAGCCUCAUUCCAUGGUACACUGAUAACACUCCAACCAAUGAUGCUCAGGUUGCGGCACACUUCUCUUUGAAGAGACCCAUUCUUGGCAUGUGCUUAAAACGCUAUUCGUUCCUCCCUAAUGGCAAAGCGGUUCGGCUGAAUACAUACGUCGAUAUCCCAACCGAAAUUGGCCUGCCCCACUUCAUUCAGGAUGACAACUUCGAUGCAAAUGCCCCGAUCUACGGGAAUUUUAAAUUGUCUUUGCAGUCGAUGGUCUGCCACCGGGGCAAUUCAGUCGACUCGGGGCACUACAUUUCUAUUGUUAGAGGCACAAGCCCUAACCCAGCACCACCGGGCUCUAGUGAUAGCUCAGGUCACAUUUCCACUGAAACACCCAAACACUGGAUGCGCUUUGAUGACUUGGCCCAGGAACGGGUGACUCUAAUUGACAUCGAAGAAGCCCUGAAGACGGAAUCGCCCUAUCUCCUGUUCUACCAGAUCCUCCCCAUCGACCAGGAUGCAUCCAUGGUAAAUUAUCUAAGCCAGGCCACGUCCUCUCAGGCUUCAGAUGCUACGCUUGAUGUGGACAUGAUAGAAUUCUCUAAGAAGUUCACGAACCAGACCAUUGAUGAGACAACCGACGGCAGUAUGACCGAGGACGGAUGCUCCGCUCGACCCAGCGUUGAAAUAACCGCACCAGACACCGCUCCCCAACUCUCAACCAGCGGUGGCCGACCGAGUAGCAUUGUUUUUUCGGAAGCUAGCAACAACCCCCCUCACCCUCGGUCAGUGCCCGCUUCCUCGCCACGACUGGCACCUAUGGAAGAGGACAGCAGCAAAGGAUUCCCCUUCUCACGACGCGGGUCCCGUGCCACCAAGAGCAACUCGGGAAGCCGUGCUGGUAGCCAGUCUGGUGAGAAUCGAAUUGGCGCAACCUUUUCCCGAUUUGCUGGUCGGCUUAGCAAAGACAGAUUCACCAUUGACAGUGAGGGUGAGGCUGACGAGUUGGCUGUUUAUGUGGACGAGCCCGCCCCCGAGGACAGAAAGCUGGGGCCGCCUCAAUCAGCCGAAGGCAAAGAGAAGAAUGGACGAGGGCGCACUAAAGAUCGUGGUAUGAAAGGGAAGAGCAAGGAGAAAUCGAAGGAAAAGGUCCGCAAGCCAGAGCGGGAAUGCAUUGUGAUGUAA